UUCUCUCCCCCUCUUCGGUUGUCUCUUUCAUUCUCUCUCUCUCUCUCUCUCUCUUUGCUUUGCUGUGAGUAGGUGUUUCCCUACUGUGGGUGAUUGGUGCAAGUCUAUAUAGGAGGGGAGACGCUCUGACAAGCUUAGAGUCUAGCGUAACACGCUCCUCACAGGACUACCUGUUUUUGUCAGUGAUUUCUUUUUUCCUGAGAGGAUUUACACUUUCAACUGACAGCAUGUCGGAGGGCAGGAAGAAGGAGAGGAAAGGGAAAAAGAGUGGGGGGAAAAGGGCACGGAAAGAGGAGAGAGAGCGCAAAGAGAAAGAGGAGAUCGAAUUGGAUCCAACAACAGCUAUUGCCCCAAAGUUAAAGCGAAUGAGGAACCCACUGAUGGUGGACGAGGGAAGCAGGCUCACGGUCAAAUGUGAGGCUACAGGGAACCCCAGCCCUACCUACAAAUGGUUCAAAGAUGGCAGUGAGCUCAAGAAAAGCAGAGAGGUCAAAAUAAAGUCCAGCCAGAAGAACUCCAGGGUCCAGAUCAGCAGAGCCAAGCUGGAGGAUUCUGGGAAUUACACGUGUGUGGCAGAGAACCUUCUGGGGAACUCCAACUCCACCAGCACUGUUCAUGUCCAAAGCAUAACCACCACACUAUCACCAGGCUCGGGCCACGCCAGAAGAUGCAACGACACCGAGAAGGAUUACUGCGUGAACGGCGGCGACUGUUACUUUAUACACGGUAUCAAUCAGCUCUCCUGCAAGUGUCCGAAUGACUUUACUGGCGACCGCUGUCAAAACUACGUUAUGGCCAGUUUCUACCAGCAUCUUGGGAUUGAAUUUAUGGAGGCGGAGGAGCUCUAUCAAAAAAGAGUCCUGACAAUCACGGGUAUCUGCGUGGCUCUGUUGGUGGUGGGAAUCGUGUGUGUAGUGGCCUACUGCAAAACCAAGAAACAGAGGAAGAAGAUGCACAAUCACCUGCGGCAGAACAUGUGUGCAGAUCACCCCAACCGGAACCUAGCGAAUGGACCCAAUCACCCAGGACCUGGCCCUGAGGAGAUACCCAUGGUAGAUUACAUCUCAAAGAAUGUUCCUGCAACGGAGCGUGUCAUAAGGCACGGAACAGUGGCUUCUUUCCCCGGCAGCCACGCGUCUUCCAGAUCUCACAACUCCUAUACCCAUGCGCGCUCAUCCACUCACAGACACGAGGAGCGGACUUGGAGCCUGGAGCGGACUGACAGUGUCCUCUCCGACUCGCCGGGCAUGAUGUCGUCCUCCGUGGGGACCAGUAAAUGCAACAGUCCUGCGUGCAUGGAGGCCAGGGCCAGGCGUGCCGCACACUGUGGCUUUACUGUGCCCCACCGGCCGGGAUUGCAGUACGGAGACUCGUUCGACUCGCUGGGGGACUCUCCACACAGCGACAGGUAUGUGUCGGCCCUGACGACGCCGGCCCGCCUCUCUCCAGUGGACUUCCAUUACUCACUGCCCCCGCAGGUGCCUAUCUUCCAGAUCACCUCCCCCAACACCAGCCAGGCCAUGUCCCUGCCGCCAGCCGCCCACACCCGCUACCCUCUGGAAGAUGACCAGCCUCUGCUGCGACGCUACCAGGUGCCCCUGCACGACGUCCAGCGCCAGGAGCCCUACCGGCAGCAGCGCCGCACCUACCUGAACGACAGCACGGGCAGCCUGCCCUCCAGCCCCUACCGGCUGGCUGAGGAAGAAGACUACGAGACCACGCAGGAGUACCUGUCCUCCCGAGAGCAACCAAAGAGAAGUGGGCCUGGUGGUGGAGGGGGUCGGCGCUUGCGGAGGUCCAGGCUGAACGGCCACGUAGCGCCGCGAGGAUACGAGGCAUCACGGGACUAUGGUUCUCGCAGCUGCCUGACGGACAGCGAGUCGGAGGAGGAAGAGGGCGAGAGCACGCCCUUCCUCAGUAUGCAGAAUAUGAACGCGGAGCCCUCCACCAUCUACAGGCCAGCCGACAGUCGGACUUCUCAGUCGCACUCUACGGGGCGGCACGGUGCACGCGGGAACGUACAGACCAGACAGACGCACUCGCGGUCCAAACCGGACAAUGCACCCCACUAAAGAACGAAGUUGACCUACCAACAAAAAAUCUAUAUACUAUAAACCUGCACCUAUAAGAAAUAUUUUUAUUUUAUAUAACUGACAGAUAUUCUAAACAAAUGAAAUAUUUAUUUUCAUUUUAGCAAAAGUUGUCUACUAGUUAACAGCAAAGACUUUUUUUAUAGGGAAAACUCUAUUUAUAUGUACAUUUUGAUUUACAGCAUAAAAACACGUGCCAAUUUUUUCACUACUUAAAAAAUAGAGUAAUAUUGUGGUGCCUUUUGCUGUGUGCCGAUGCCAGAGGGCCAGUGGAGAUUUUUGCUGUGUGCCGAUGCCAGAGGGCCAGUGGAGAUUUUUGCUGUGUGCCGAUGCCAGAGGGCCAGUGGAGAUUUUAGCUGUGUGCCGAUGCCAGAGGGCCAGUGGAGGUUUUUGCUGUAUGCCGAUGCCAGAGGGCCAGUGGAGAAUUGUUGCUGUGUGCCGAUGCCAGAGGGCCAGUGGAGAAUUGUUGCUGUAUGCCGAUGCCAGAGGGCCAGUGGAGGUUUUUGUAGCCUUUUCUUAUAUGGACAUCAUUUUUUUUAUACACGUUUCCUCUUUUGGCUUUUUUCUUUUUCUUUCUGGGAGUCUAGCCCCAUUUGAACAUUACUCCUCCCCUUCCACAUCAUGCAAUAUAAACCACUUAAUCAUAAGGUGUAUGUUUACAUUAAUAUCAUUUGCCUAUAGGGUUUAUCAUUUUUGGCAUCCAAUAGAAAAUCUGAUAAAUGCAACACAGGUCCUUUUUGCUCUCUGAGUGAAGGAGUGUGUGUGGGCGUGUGUGUGUGUAUGUGUGUUGUACCAACUCAUUGCUCUAUUGGGCACCAAAGCAAGCGGAAUCAGGAGAGGAAAGCUGCUGAUGCACAGUGAGGCCCAACCUGGGUUGGGUAGAGAGUUCUGUUGGGUAGAGAGUUCUGCAUGUUGUUGCUUGAUGUGUGUUUACAGCUGCCUCACCUAACAGGGUAAGGUUUUACUUCAUGGCCCCCCUUGUCCCAACAGAGUAAGGUUUUACUUCAUGGCCCCACUUUGUCCCAACAGGGUAAGGCUUGUCUAAUGGCCCCCACUUUGUCCCAACAGGGUAAGGCUUGUCUAAUGGCCCCCACUUUGUCCCAACAGGGUAAGGAUUGUCUAACGGCCCCCUCCUUGUCCCAAUCAGGUAAGGCUUGUCUAACGGCCCCCUCCUUGUCCCAAUCGGGUAAGGCUUGUCUAAUGGCCUCCUCCUUGUCCCAAUCGGGUAAGGCUUGUCUAAUGGCCUCCUCCUUGUCCCAACAGGGUAAGCCUCCAACGUGCUGGCUUAUCUGUGAUUCUGAAGAAGAAACACCACUUGUCAGUGUACAGUAGCAGUUAGUCUGCCCUCAGUGAUAGUGGCUCAAUGCAAAGAGACUUUCUCCCAUGACCCCCAUGCCGCCUCUUCCUCACCUGUCCAUUUUGUCCCCGUGGCCAGAGUGAAGGGCCGCACAGCGUCUCAGGACCCCCCCCCCCCCCCCUUCCCCCUCCACCAUCAGACCUACCUAGGACUUAAGGUCCCCCCAAGGACAUUAAGGUCACACCCAACUUGCUAUUCCUCUGAGCACUCCCAUCUAUAGUAAAGUAAAGCAGAGUGUUGAACAGAACAGAACACACGACACCAAUACAAUAUAAAUAGCUGUGAAACUUUGGAGGGUCAUAAAAUGCCAAAAUAUGCAAACUUUCCAGUUUGCUCUGUUUAACAUCAUUUUCUAAGAGGUGACUGUAGUGUGUUGUGUGAAACCUAUGUAAUGCCUGUAGUGUAGAAUAAGAAGAAGCACCAUGAUAGGAAUACAUAUUUACAUCAUUAUUAUAAUUUCAUGCCGUUAUGCAGCCAUUGCUCGAAUUGUCAAGUUUCCUCAUUCACAGAUUCAUGUUCAUAGAUUUUCUUUUUUUUUUUUGGGGGGGGGGGGUUCAUGAAUUCUUAUCUCACUAUGUCGAGAGCAAGCAGACAACACGCAAGUCUACAGGAAUGACUAACCACUUUAAAGGGUCUCAUACACUAACGUCGAGCGCUGCUCAGUCUUGUGGAUAAGGAUAGGUAUUUGUUGCCUGUUAUGAAGUAUGUCACUAAAAGUUAACAAACUGUUCAAACUUCUCUGUCCUCCACUCCCCCCCAAAAAAAUAUUGCAGGAGCUUGUUUUGGCAAUCCAUUUGAAUUGUAGUGACAGAAAACAGUUGAUAAUCUUGCAGAACUGGUCAUAUACAUUUUGAAACGCAACCAAAAAAAAACUCAAAUGACUGUACCAGGACAAAUCAUCCAGUUAAUCUAGAGGACAACCAAACUGACAAGUAGGAUUUGAAACAGAACGUGUAUCUGUUGUAUGAUGAAAGGCAGAGUGACACAGACACAUAGACACUGGUUUUCUAUCUCAUCUCCCCUAUGGAUUCUCUCUCCUUCCGGGUCCUUCAGUCUGGGUCUAAUUUUGUAUGUUUGAAAAAAAAAAUGCAAAAGUAGACCGUGCUUCUUUAGUUAGUUUGAAUGUGAUACCCCCACCCCCAUCUUGCCCCUCUACUCACCUGACAGAAGUGCUGCCAGAUUCAUCCUUUUUCAUCCUUUUUCCUUUUUUCUUCCCUCCUCGCUUGAAAUGUUUGAACACCUCUCCUCUGCAUGUGCUUGUGGUCAAGGUUAGAUGCGUGCAUGGUGAAGAAGCAGCAGACAUUUCUUUUUUUUUUCGGUCAGUGAAAGUGUAUUUCAUUUCACAUUCAGCAAUAAAAAAAAGCCCCCCCACCCAUGUCCAUUCUUGGAAUAUGCUAGAAAAAAAUGUGAGAUUGUCAUAGAUUGUUAAAUAAAAUGAAAAAAUGAUCCACCUGUU